ACCCUCCACGAAAGUCAUAUGGCAUGUUAUGUAAACUUAUAUCAUGCUUACUAUGCAAACCACACAGAGUUCAAACGCAUUAUCUGAAGUAAGUAAAAUAUCUGUAUGGUUCCUCCUUCAAAUCAUGAGGCAUCUUUGAUAGUAUAUUUGCAAUUAAAUUUUUAUCAUGGUUUAGCUGGUUAGUAGUCAUGCGCAUGUCUGUGUCUUUUAGAAAGCCUAUGCUUUCUUCACCCUGCCCCCAGCUCGGUUUCUCAGAAGUGAGGAAAAGAGUGUGGUCAUCAUUUUGUGUGUCACUGAGACCCUCUGACAAAUAUUCCAUAAACGCGUGUGGGUCACUGGGGUAGAAGAGAGGUGAACUAUAUUCAAGGGUAAAAGCCUUUUAGCUGCACUACAGUGCACUACAGUACACUACAGUGCAGGCAGUAAGUCAGGCAGUCUUCUGAAAACUGGAGCUUGAGAAACUCAAGUAGCAUCUAAAAAGACUGUAGCUAAAAGAAGAUGAGUGUUGGGGAGUACGGUGUGUUUACAAGACCGGCUGAGCAGCAGCUGGUGCAGCUGGCAGGGGAGCGAAGGCUGCAGGAUGCUCAGGUGACCCAUCAUCCAGUGGCCUUCCCAGGAUCCCCCCAAAGCUAUCCUUGGAUGACCCCUCCCUCUCGGGCCAUUCCGCACCCCGUCGCCCCCACUGCCAGCUCUCAUGGGGAUGAUGAGGGCCCAUUGAUCCAAGCCAUACGGAGUGGUGAUGCAGGGAAAGUGAGGGAUAUCAUGAUGUCUGUGAUGACUCCAAGAAGCUUAAUGGGACCAAAUAAAGAUGGGUGGACCCCGCUGCAUGAAGCUGCAUAUUAUGGCCAGAUUGACUGCUUGACGAUUUUGCUUGCAGCUGCCCCAUGGAUGAUCAACAGUAAAACCCUUAAAAACCAGACUCCUCUUAUUCUGGCUGUAUCUAGGGGACAUUUAGCCUGCAUGAAAUAUCUCUUGAAGAAUGGAGCAGACCCCAGCAUCCCCACUAAGUCCAAUGAAACCCCCCUGUAUGAAGCUUGUGCAACAUUCAAUGUACAAAUGGUGCUGCUCCUAGUCCAGUAUGGGGCAGAUGUCAAUCAGAAAUGUUUGGAUGGAUGGACCAUUCUACAUGAGGCAGUGUCACAGAACCGUCUGGAAAUCUGUGAGAUUCUAGUGGAUUAUGGGGCCAUGGUCUGCUCUCCCAACCUCUAUGGUGUGACCCCUCUUUUCUUGGCAGCCCAAUGCGGAUGUGUUGAGGUUCUAAAGUUCCUGGUGAAAAACGGUGUUGACAUAAACAGUGAAGCAAAGGAUGGUGCUACAGCUUUGUAUGAGGCCUGCAGGAAUGGUCACAUAGAGAUUGUGGAGUUACUUCUGUCUCAGAGUGCUGAUGCUAAUAGGCCUGGGAAGGAUGGACUUUUACCUCUUCAUGUGGCUGCGAAGGGUGGAAAUUAUGGGAUUGUGUCCAUGCUGAUCCCGACCACGAGCAAGACUAAAAUACACCAAAGUGGCAUCAGUCCUCUGCAUCUUGCAGCUGAAAAUGAUGAGGAUGAUAUCCUGGAGCUCCUGAUCCAUGCUGGCUUUGAUGUAAAUGCUCUCCUGGCUCCAAAACGUUCCUGCAUGUAUGAAGACCGUCGCAUUACAGCUCUGUACUUUGCUGUUGACAAUAGCAACAUUGAAGCUGCCACCAUGCUUCUGGAGGCUGGUGCUGAUCCUAACUUAGACCCAUUCAACCCACUUCUGCUGGCUGUGAGGAAGGAUCAUGUUGAGAUGGCCACCUUGCUUAUGGAGCAUGGAGCCAAUGUUAAUGCCUCCAUCCCCACACACCCCACCACUUUCCCAGCCUGUGUGAUGCUAAGUGUGAGGAACCUCACAAUGUUAAAAUGUGUGAUGGAUUAUGGUGCUGAUGCCAUAGCAUGCUUUCAGUGUGAAUAUGGCUUCAAGCAACACCCAAAUAUGGACUUCGCAUACAUCAGUUGUGAGCUACAGUAUAGACCUCAGAUGGCCACACACUCUUGUUUGCAGUUCUGUGAGAUGAUCUCUCAUCCUAUGGUGAGUCGCUGGGCAGGACCCAUGAUAGACCUCCUUCUAGACUAUGUAGGACAUGUUAAACUCUGUUCCAGACUCCACGAACAGCUGGAAAUCUAUGAUUCCUGGGUGCAUAUAAAAGAGAAAUCAACUCUACCAAAAUGUCUAAUGCAGCUUUGCAGACUAAGGAUACGGCAGCUGGUGGGUACAGAAAGGCUGAAGUGUAUCAGUACACUCACCCUUCCAAGAAGACUAAUCGAGUACCUGAACUAUAAGCAGCAGAAAGAGAUGCUUUAAGCAACAGGGGACAGUAAUGAUGAACGUCAUCGUUGCCAAAAAAAAAAAAUCCAUUCAUUUUCUACAUCAUGUGAGCACAGGG